AUGUGUACCGGAAUAGGCUGGGACUACCGUUGUCGCAGCUGCCGCACGGUGAUCUCAAAGGACGUCAACGUCUCCGGCCACACAUGUCACGAAGCGAAGCGAGCUGGUACGCGGGGCUGUUGCCGCACGGGUAUCGAGUUCAUGUUCUUCAACAAGGUCAUCGAUGAGUUGUGUCUGCUCUGCGAGAUCAAAGGCGAGGUCGAGAAGGUCGAUGCGUUGACCUGCGAAGAGGGUAAAGGCGAGGAGAGGGUUGGAUACUGUUUCGCUAGCGACGAAGACGGAUACGAGGAGAUUCAGGAGUACACUGCGGAACAGUUGAAGGAGUGGGAUGAGUGGAAGGAGGAGAUCACCAGCGACGAGGAGGACGAUGAGGAAGAGUACGAAACCGACUGCUUUAGCGGCACUACGUACAGCGUUACUACUUCGAUGAGCGAGCGAGAUGAGAAGACCGAUAUUGACGAUGACGACGACGAUAAUGAUGAAGAUGGCGGCGCUCGAUUGCGUCAGGAGGAAGCUCGAAUUAAGGCUGAACUCGAGAACCAUCCUGCUUAUCUAGGCGAAGAAACGACUUCCUCCCUGGGCGCUGGCUGGCUCACACCUUUUGAGAAAAAAGAUUUGGGAUAUCUGGAACAGGCCCUUAGGAUGCACUUAGGCCAAUCGAGACGGACAGACCUGAUGGCCUUAAUUGACUAA